GUCAUCACUGGGUUCCAUUUUCUUCGUGACCGCGAGCUCGCGUCUCGGAAAAAAGGAUUCGCAAAGCUGGCAAUGAGUGUGAGCAAUGCAAAUCCCAGAGUUCAGAACUCCUGUUCACCAAUAAUAUUUACAUCGGUCGAAAUUGCGACGAGCAGCGACAACACCGGCGGAGGUUCGUCGGGCCAUGGAACUCCUUCGGGUGUAUAUAUCGAACAGAAGAACAUGAUGGGUCCGCUAGAUAAGCCCAAAAGUGCGUCCAAUGAACAAAAGGAAGAAUUAGUGAAGAUUUUUGAGGAAUACAAUCAACAACCUAAAACGGAAAGUUCUGAAACGGACUACAAGGAAAGACAGCGGUUUUGGAUUGAAGCAACGCAUCGAUUGAACAGAGUUCCUGGUGGAACCCUCAAAUCAACCGCCAAGUGGGUUAAGUAUUGGGCAGAUGUUAUUAUAAAUUUAAAAAGAAAAUGUCGACUAGUAGUUGAAGGACGAUCGAAAAAGAUCGGGCCCAAUCAACUUGAAGUGAGAAUUUUAUCAGCUGCUAGCUGUUACGACGUUUUGGAUCAAUGGACCAAAGCUCUCGGUACAGACGGAAUGAUGGGUCUCGAAAGUAACGCAUCUACCGAUCACGAAGAGUAUUUUCCAGAUGACACGGGUGUCCAGAAAGAAGAAAUUGUGAUUGAGCACUACACUGAUGAUCAUCUAGACGAGGAAUUCGUGUCAAGUUUCUCUAAACCUGUUAUCACUACACAUAACCAAGAAACGGUGACCGCCGAAUUGGAAAUCCGCAAACCUACCAUGGAAGAGCUCAAAAGUAUAGCUGCAACUGCGGCGACGACUACCACAGAGUACGUCGAAAUGACUGCCGCGACCCUAGAAGGAACUAGUGAAUUUCUGAAACCGAAGCCCAUCCGGCCAACACAGGAACGGUUACGGGAAGAUUUGAAACGAACUUCGGAAAAACUUGAAUCAGUCAUGAAAAAGCGACGGCUGGACGAUUCGAAGUUUGCAAUUGCUCAAGCACUGACGAACAUGUCCGCAGCUAUGCUGCAACUCUCCAAUGGACUUAACGAUCUGGCGAACGCGCUCACCAAUGACGCAAUGUAAUUUAUUGUAAGCGAUUGCAUCUACCAAUUAUCUCGGUAGUGUUUAUGUGUAAGUGAGAAAUAUCUUAAAAUACCGGAUUUGUUUCGGUGUCCCCGCUUUUAACAACAAUUCACUGGGCUAGGACUGUGGCAUAUAUUUUCAGUUAAAAUGUUUUAAUAUCGUGAUUAAAAAAAAUGUAUGCAUGCCAAUUAAAUCCUUAUUUUAGUGUGACUUGAGAGGAAUUUUUGACGUAGAACGCUUGCAAUCAAUUUCCUACUGAAGCAAAAACUUUAACACAAACAACUUGAAGUUUAGAGUUAUAUUUGGGAACACCGGAACAAAUUGUGCUGGUUCUGCAAUUUUGUUGGAUAAAUAAUUCAUAUCCGUGUACUGAACAAA